CAGUGCCAAAUAGCCGAGUAUAAUUAAAAAUGUCUGUCAUCGGCAAAGUGAUCACGAGGCACUAUCGUACUUGGCCUGUUCGGUAUCAAGCCUUCACGAAAAAUAGCAGAUUAAAUUAUACAAUCAGUUCGAGAUUAAAGAGGAUAUCAUAUUUUCAACACCAUUUCAGCAAUCCGUUUUCACUGACAAAAACACAACAAUUGUGUACCAUUAACAGGGAAAUAGAAGCUAUGGCUUUAAGUCCACUGGACCCUUCGUCAUAUUCCAGACCUGAAUUGGCUAUAGUUAAGCAUGUGAAUUUAAAAUUGAAUGUGGAUUUUGAAAAUAAACAAUUGAGUGGGAUAGCAGAGCUGACCAUUAAUGCUUUAGAAAAUAUAAAUGAACUAAUAUUGGAUUCGAGUAAUAUAACUAUUGAAUCAAUAGAAACGGAUGAUGGAAAGUCAUUGGAAUAUAAACUAGAUGACCCUGUACCUAAUUAUGGAUCAAAGCUUACUAUACCACUUGCAGAACCAGCUACAGUUGAUCAAAAAAUAAAAAUAAGGAUUAAGUAUAAAACAUCACCAACAGCUACUGCUUUGCAAUGGCUGGACGCAAAACAGACUUCAGGCAAAAAGUAUCCGUAUAUGUUCAGUCAAUGUCAGCCCAUCCAUGCUCGUUCUAUCCUACCAUGCCAAGAUUCACCAGCCGUCAAGUUCACAUAUAACGCUGAAGUAACAGCCCCAGAACCAUUCACAGUUCUCAUGAGUGCUAUCAGGGAUGAUAGCAAUAGUUCUACAUUCACGUUUAGGCAACCAGUGCCCAUUCCGUCCUAUUUGUUGGCCAUUGCCGUGGGUGUUUUGGAAUCUAGGGAACUUGGACCUAGAUCACAUGUCUGGUCAGAAAAAGAGGAAAUUGAAAGGAGUGCAUGGGAGUUCGCUGAUACAGAGAAGUAUUUACAAGCAGCCGAAAAGCUCUGCGGCCCAUAUCAAUGGUCGCAGUAUGAUUUGCUUGUCCUACCACCUUCUUUCCCCUAUGGGGGUAUGGAGAACCCGUGUUUGACGUUUGUUACUCCUACAUUACUGGCUGGAGACAGAAGCCAAGCGGAUGUGAUAGUGCACGAAAUAAUGCACAGUUGGACGGGCAAUCUGGUUACAAAUAGAAACUUCGAACAUUUCUGGCUCAAUGAAGGAUUUACUGUGUUCCUGGAGAGGAAAGUCGGAGCCUCGUUGAUACAAGACAGGGAGGAAGCGAAACGUAGCAGGGACUUCAGCAGUUUGCUCGGUUUGCAGGAACUCGAUGAAACUAUAAAUAAAAAUCUCGGUGCGACCAAUCCACUCACCCAAUUAGUACCCGACCUGAACCAAACGCAUCCAGAUGACGCGUUUUCAAGAGUGCCCUACGAGAAAGGGUCUUUAUUCCUUCGCUAUCUCGAGGAUUUAGUCGGAGGUCCAGAAGUAUUUGAUGACUUCCUAAGGUCAUAUUUGAACAAAUUCCAACGGCAGUCCAUAGACACUGAUCAGUUCAAGGCACAUCUAUUUGAAUAUUUCAAAGACAAUGAGGCUUUGAAGAAUGUGGACUGGGAGACUUGGCUACAUAAGUCCGGGAUGCCGCCUGUUAUACCAGCAUACGACACGUCUAUGACGAAAGCGGUGACAAAUCUCCUGGCCAAGAUAAGGGAUGCUAACACCACCUUCGACUACAAUGAUAUCAUAACAUUCACACCGCAACAAAUUAUUAACUUCCUUCAAGACCUCAUUGAUGGUGAAGCUCUGCCAGUGGACAGACUACAAAAGAUGGGAGAUACAUAUAAAGUAGCAGCAAGCAAGAAUACAGAAAUCACAUAUCGUUGGCUAAGAUUAUGUAUCAAGAGCCGCGAUGAAUCAAAAUUAAAUGACGUAUUCCAAUUUGUAAAUAAUCAAGGUCGUAUGAAAUAUGUAAGGCCGAUAUACAGAGACUUAUAUGCCUGGGAAGCUAUGCGGCAAAGGGCUAUUGAUAAUUUCCUUCAGAAUGAACAAUACAUGAUGCAUGUAUCUGCUUAUACUCUCAAAAAAGAUUUGCAUCUCAGUGAAUAGAAGUUUUAAUUAUUUUGUUCUGUAAAUAAUUGCCUUUUGUAAAGAUCAUUUGUUUAUUUUGUAAAUGCCUUUGUUUACAUAAUAUUAUAUGAUUUACUUUGAAUAUA